AUGAGCGCCAGUGUGUCUCCGUGCGCUGCGUCGCAAGAAUGCGGUGCGGAGGGAGAAAGUGGAAGACACAAUUGUGGUUUUGAACCAAGGAACACUGCGGAUGGAGACGGCAGGGAGCUUUUGGUCCGUGAAGCGCUCAGCUUAUUAGGUCGGAUGCGGGUAGAUUUAAGUCACAUAAAAGAAUCGGCAAACACAAGGGACAAUACCGAGCGCACCAUGUCACUGCGCGCGAACCGUAGCUUAGUGCUCAAAGGGUCACCGGACAGUAAACGACUGAAAGGCUACGUGUCAUCUUGUGGUGUGUACUGCGGAGGCGCACUUUUCUUUCCAUUACCCACCGCCCCAAUGACAAGUCUCAUGUUGGGUAGUGAUGAGGGGAGGGCGGUUCGCCACCGACCCAAACAACCGGCGAUUGAGCCAUGCACGGCUUCGGCGGCUCCUCCUACACUUCCUCUUAAUAAAGCUGUAAACCAUAAAGGCGCCUCAAAGGGUGACGAGAGGAUAUUGCAGAAUCCUGCGGGGGAACGGCAAGGGUUACCGGUGAGGAAAGAAGCCCGACACUGCAGCCCAAAUAAUGCUGAUGACUGCAGCGAUGAUAGCUCUGAAAGCCUUACCAACUGCUCUGCUGAACUCGCAGGUAGCGUUCAUGAGAACGUGGACGACGUCACCCGAAGUGACGAAUUGAAGGUUCGUGACUACUUACGGCGGCUAAAUAUUGUGGAGGCCGAACUUAGCGAAUCUGAGGAGCCCAUUAACGAUCCCGUGUUGAAUGGAAGCGCGCUCCGUCGUCUUCUUCUCGCAGCCCUGCACCUCAGCAAUGGGAAUGGGGAAACCUUCAAUCCUGUGCAUGUUGCGCCACCUAAAUGCCUUGAUGACGUUCGCCUCAACUAUGUCGCAGCUAUGGGCACGCUCCGAAACUUGCGAAAGGUGUCAGGGGUUUCUGUGCCCCACGAGUGUCGAAUUAUAAAACCUGAAAGUGUGCUUGUCAAGGGCAAAUCGCGGGUUCUUUUUUCUCUGUUGAGGGUUAUUAUUGAGGCAUGUUUCCCGACAACCUGCGAAAAACUCUGGAGUUCACCCUCACUAACGUGGCAGGUAGACUCAACUGCGGUGGGGUACCAACCGAGUGCCAUGCGUAGGCUCGAGCGGGAAGUGUGUGACUUCCUUUAUUUGCAGAAGAUAUUGCCUGACCCCGUUGCCCAUCGUUUACCACCUGAUGACGCCAUAGUUCCUCCGGCCCUACAAGCCCCAUUUUUGCCGCCACAGCGACGACUCUGGUGCUUACGAAGGGACAGUUUUUCUUCCCUUUACAUUCCGUCAGUGUUCCCUUUCCUGACGAACGGUGCAGCCUUAUGUGACCUCGUUGAUAAGGUUACAGGAAGUCAUCUCCCUGUGCAUAGAAAUCCUCGGAUAAAAUCGAACUGCAUAGACAACAUUAAGGUGGCAUUCGAUGAGCUUCAUCGGUAUUGCCCCGCGCGGAUGAGCUCCCUGUUUUUGAAUGAAGCUCACCGGGUGUAUCACGGUGACAGGUGCUACAUUUUGCUUCUCUUGGAGGAUAUCAUGCGGUUUGCUGCCGACGUUCCUCCACGGCGCCAACCUCCGAAACAUUCUGACGCGCCCUACUUUCCCACUGCAUCAGCACCCUCUACAACUGCUCCACCGCCACAACUGCAGUUGGAAGUAUGUGUGCAACCCCGUCAACAAGAGCAAAGGCGGCAGGGUGCAGGUCACAGGCUGUCGAAAUCACAAGAGCGAAGGGUAGCGCGUUGCCUUAUCACUUCUCCACUUACAUGCUGUGCUGCUGCGGGAUCCAAAGGGAGGAAGGUGGGGGACAAUGUUGCCUCCACUGCGCAGACGGCGGCCCCUGCACCGGUUGUUGUUUUGAGUGGGUUGGAUUACGCUACCGAAGAGGUUGAGGAACUAGGAACGUGGGUCACGGAAGUUCUUGGAUCCGACUUUCGAUACGUAGCUGCAGAUCAGUCCUUUUCGUUUUCAUGUCGGUCGCUUUGGUUGCGGGAUUAUCCCGUGCUGUUCUCGGACGGUGUUGUGUUGGCGCAUCUGAUUCGAACUCUCCAGCGGAGGCCGUGCGUGGAACUGGAGUCGAUUGAAUUGCAAGCAAAAUCGGCGGCGGCGAAGCGUCGGAACUUACGUAAGUGCAUUUCUUACCUGCAAACGGAGAAGCGCAUCCUGCUAGACGUUCCAUUGCUGGAUGAAAUGCUUCUUUCGGGGAGUCUUCAGGCUGUGUUGUAUGUGGUACAGUCUCUCAAGAACACAUAUCGGCUCGCGGUCAGAGGUUGA